AUCUGUUUUGAUCUCUCCCCGCUCCGUCACCACAGCCUUGUGGAUUCAAAUUCUGGAUUCGUGCGACGAACGAGCCUUAGAAGACCCUUUGAUUUCUUUCCGCCUCCGAUCGAUUCCAAUUCGAUCUGGUCGCGCACACCGGCGGGGACCUGGGCUCACUGCUUCACUCCCGUGGAAGCAACGAUGGAUUUCCAUUUCUCUGCGCUCUAUCCGGGAGACAGGUUCGCCACCGCGUCGGCCAGUGGGAUGCGGCUCCGGACGGGCAUGAAUUGAGUUGUUGCAGCACGAGCAAGUUUACCUAGGCGGGAUCGAAGAAGACGAGCACAAUGUUCGCGUUCCUCAGGAGAGAGCUGCGAGGAGCGGAUUCGGAUCUCGAGUCGAGUUUGUCUAUCUGAGUCCUCAUGCCUGUGCAAACUAUUUUGGGCCGGCGUCCUUCGACGCCGUUUUCAGCAUUGAAGCUCUCAAGACGGCCUCAUUCUACUAUGAUGUCUAUGUCCCAUUGGCCACCGUUCUAAAACUCGGCGGAAUGAUGGGCCUUUACGAAUGGUGCUGGACAUCAAGUGCCGACCCGUUGUUUCUCGAUCACGUCCGGCUCGCUGAACAACUUGAGCGCCAGACCCACAUCAGUCAUGGGCCGCUCGCUGAUCGUGCAUAUCAAGCAGCUGCGGCUUCCGUGGAGCGGACUUAGAUGAUGAGCCUUUUCGAGACUGAAGAUCUUGUUCAGCGCCGCUCCACGCUGUCUUGGUAUGCACCGCUCCUUCGGGGAUUAGCCAGGUCCUCCACUCGCUGGGCAUCUGACGCGGACUGCAACGUAACGUUCGGGGCAUUGACUCGCGGCGGGGCUGCAAUCCUGGCCCGAGCUGGGCAGCUCAAACUUUUCACACCAAUGCUCCUUGUUGCGCAACGCGUUUGACUCGGCCCUGAUAGUCAUAUUACCAAAUCGACUGAAUCUAGUUUUCCUUCGCUUCCAUCACUCUGUCAGGUUUCAUGUAGUCUUCCUUUGUGUACUAGCGUUUUUCUUGCCGUGAGACGGUGAUAGUUCUUGAGCUUAAAUAUUUGGGUACAGUUGUAAUAUACAUUAGUUGUGCGCGCUCCCAUGUCUAAUUCUUCAUCGAGCCGCGUUCGAGGCUG